UUGCAGUUUUCAAAUAUGUCCAGUAGGUGGCAGCCAAGACACAGCUUGUCUCGCCAAAGUAAAACCACCGAAAAAGAAGUAGCGGAAGAGGAGGACCUAGCUAAUCCGUGUUGUUAUGAACCGUGCCCGUUUGGGUCCCUGAUGUUUGGCCUACACAGCCUUAAACCGGCCUCUGUGUUCGGGCUGGUCCGGAGAGCGGCUGGGCUGAGCGGGAUAACCCGGACCACGGUGUGUCAGCAGCGGAGCGCCGAGCUCCACCAGAGCGGUGUCGCCAUGCCCAGUGCUCGAUUUGUCUCCCACACCACCGUGGACCCCGAGGAGGUGAAGAGGUUCCAGUCACUGGCCAACAAGUGGUGGGAUGAACAGGGAGAAUUUGCUGCCCUUCAUGCAAUGAAUGACCUCAGGGUGCCUUUUGUAAGGGAUAAUCUGUUGAACGUGCAAUGGGAGCAUCACCCUGGGAAACCACUCGCAGGGCUGAGAAUCCUGGAUGUCGGCUGUGGUGGAGGCCUCCUCACAGAGCCUCUGGGUCGCCUGGGAGCCAACGUGCUGGGAUUAGAUCCAGUAGAAGACAGCAUCCGCAUCGCCCAGCAGCAUUUGUCACAUGACCUGGACCUUUGUGACCAGGUGUCCUACCGGGCCUGCACGCUGGAGCAGCUGUCUGGCGAGGGAAAUGAAGAGCAGCAGGAGCAGAGUGGAGAAUGGAGCGAGGGCCAGUUUGAUGCAGUUGUAGCAUCAGAAGUUGUGGAGCAUCUGGCUGACUUGGAAACAUUCGCCAUCUGCUGUAACCGUGUACUGAAGCCGGGCGGUUCACUGUUCAUCACCACCAUAAAUAAAACCAAUCUCUCCUAUGCGCUGGCUAUUGUUGUAGCAGAGCAACUACUACACAUUGUUCCCAGUGGGACACAUGACUGGGAGAAGUUCAUCAGUCCAGUAGAGCUAGAGCGCCUCCUGGAGUCCAAUGGUUUUUCAGUGCAGUCUGUCCAAGGAAUGAUGUACAACCCUCUAUCUGGAGCCUGGUGCUGGACCAACAGCACCGCCAUCAACUACGCCCUUCACGCAGUGAAAGAGAACCAUGAUGCUGAGGACAGCUGCAGCCACCCAGAGGACGUUCCUGCUGACAAACACAGCUGAGGCUGUCUAUGAGAGCAAAGCACGGGAUUCAGAUGUGUAGUAGGGAUUUUGACCUUCCGCCUGCAAGCAGAAAUGCAGCACAGAAGACUGAAGUUGUUUAUCCACGUAGAUCUACAUUUUAGUUUUUGUUGAUUGCCAGAAUCAGACCGCUCUAAGCUUGGGAUGUGUUAAAAUCUAUUAUGUUUAAUAGUAGUAGUAGUAGACUGUAUUUAACAGACACACUGGUCCAGUAUAAAAUAAGGUAAAAUGUGUAAGACAUUGUAAAUGUUAAAACAAUGAAAAAUACAAAGUAAAAUACAUAAAACGAACGGCGUACAUAAACGUAACAGACAUCUGUAUAAAAAUUUCAAGUGGAAAUAUGUUUAUAUUACAAAAACAUAUCAGACCCAUAUAAUUAACAAACUAUUCAUGGGCUAUUGCUUUUGCAGUUUAAACCCAGUUUAACAGACUUUUCAAGUCAACAGGAAUUUGAAUGAGGAAAUUGAAAUGAGAUUUGAAUGUGUCUAAUAAAAGUUGCUUCAUAA